GUGGAGGAGGUGGUGGUGGUGGAGGAGGUGGUGGAGGUGGAGGAGGUGGUGGACAUGGAGGUGGUGGUGGUGGAGGAGGUGGUGGGGGAAGAGGAGCAGCUGACUACAUGCCCAUGAAUCCGUCGGCCAGGAAGGAGGAGCCCACACAGGGGGGCUACAUGCUCAUGUCCCCCACCGCCCCUCGCCAGGAAGACGGCUACGUCCCCAUGCAGUUCGCUCCUCGCCCCAGCGCGCAACAGAAGCAGCAGCAGCAUCAGCACCACCAGCAGCAGCAGCAUCAGCACCAGCACCACCACCAGCAGGACCACCACCACCAUCAGCCACAGCAGCAGCAGCAGAUGGUAGCGACGAAUCCUGACGCCGAUGACUCCAAGGGGGGCGGCAAGAUGGCCGCCACGCCGGCAGCGUCCGUGGGGGGUGGCGGCAAGAUGGAUGCCGCCACCAUGUCGUCGAAGCCGGGUGCGGCCGCCUCAACCGCGACGGCGGGCGGUGACAGUGACGGCGGCGGUGAUGGCGGCGGUGACGGCGGCGGUGACGGCGUCACCGCCGUGGCUUCCGUCGUCUGGAAGGGGGGCGGCAAUAUGGCCGACACCAGCAUGGCGUCGAAGGCGAGCGGUGGCGGCGUGGCCGCCUCAACCGCGACAGGGGGCGGCGGCGGCGGCGGCGACGUCACCGUCACCGCCACCGUCACCGCCGUGGCUUCCGUCGUCCGGAAGGGGGGCGGCAACAUGGCCGCUAGCGGGGAACCGGUGCGGCUGAGGCUCGGCGACGGCUCGCGCGGCUCCACGGGCGACUACGUGCCGAUGAGGGCCGUGCCGGGCGACGGCGCCGGCAGCUACGAGGUCAUGAGCUUUCCCGGGACCCGGUGCGGGAAUGUGGAGUUGGCGGCGGGGGCUCCUGCGGCGAGAUUCGGAGUCGAUCCCGACGAGGGUGCGAAGGUCGUGCGUGUCGGAGAACAGGUGCGGCGAAGACGCAGCUCCGAGACUUUCCCUCCCCACGUCACCGUGACCCCGGCCGCGACCCCGGCCGUGACCCCGGCCGUGACCCCGGCCGCGACCCCGGCCGUGACCCCGGCCGCAGACCCUGGGGGUGAGCCCCAGGCCGGGACUCGGGGAGACGCGGAGGAGACGGCAGCGGCCGCUGCUCUGCUCGUCGCCACGGAGACGUAGAGGGGGGGACGCGCGGGGACACGCGGGGGACGCGGGGACACGGGGGGAGGGAGACACGGGAGACGCGGGGACGAGGGGAGGGAGACACGGGGGGAGGGGGACGAGGGAGACGCGGGGACGAGGGGAGGGAGACACGGGGGGAGGGGGACGAGGGAGACGCGGGGACGAGGGGACGAGGGGAGGGAGACACGGGGGACAUGGGAGAUGCGGGGAGGGAGACACGGGGUCUGAGGGUCCGUGUCUAGAGUGGAGACCGGGUCUCUCUCUCUCUGUCCCCCCCCCCCCCCUUCGUGAGUGAGUGAUGGCGAGGAUUUUGAUCCCCGGGUUCUAAGUUUUUUUUUUAUCCCAGUGUCUCACUAGCAGUGUCUCACCACCAGUAUCUCUCUACCCAGUGUCUCACUAGCAGUGUCUCACCACCAGUAUCUCUCUACCCAGUGUCUCACUAGCAGUGUCUCACCACCAGUAUCUCUCUACCCAGUGUCUCACCACCAGUAUCUCUCUACCCAGUGUCUCUCUACCCAGUGUCUCACCACCCAGGGUCUCUCUACCCAGUGUCUCACUACCCAGUGUCUCACUAGCAGUGUCUCUCUACCCAGUGUCUCUCUACCCAGUGUCUCACCACCCAGUGUCUCUCUACCCAGUGUCUCACUACCCAGUGUCUCACCACCAGUAUCUCUCUACCCAGUGUCUCACUACCCAGUGUCUCACUACCCAGUGUCUCACUACCCAGUGUCUCACUACCCAGUGUCUCACCACCCAGUGUCUCACUAGCAGUGUCUCACCACCCAGUGUCUCACCACCCAGUGUCUCACCGCCCAGUGUCUCACUACCCAGUGUCUCACCACCCAGUGUCUCACCACCCAGUGUCUCACCGCCCAGUGUCUCACCGCCCAGUGUCUCACUACCCAGUGUCUCACUACCCAGUGUCUCACCACCCAGUGUCUCACCACCCAGGGUCUCUCUACCCAGUGUCUCACCACCCAGUGUCUCACUAGCAGUGUCUCACUAUCCAGUAUCUCACCACCCAGUGUCUCACCACCCAGUGUCUUACUACCCAGUGUCUCACUACCCAGUGUCCCACCACCCAGUGUCUUACUACCCAGUGUCUCACUACCCAGUGUCCCACCACCCAGUGUCUUACUACCCAGUGUCUUACUACCCAGUGUCUCACCACCCAGUGUCUCACCACCCAGUGUCUUACUACCCAGUGUCUCACUACCCAGUGUCCCACCACCCAGUGUCUCACCACCCAGUGUCUGUAAACCACAGAUGACAACGCCAAAAGGCGAAUCGCGGUUACGAACUAUUCUUCAUUUGAUUAUACUCAUCAUUUUGGAUCCCGCCAAAAAGUGGCGCAUUUACAUUGUACGCGAUCCUACCCCAAAGCACCAUUCUGGGACUUUUGUUACGGAUAAUAUUGAUCGCGAGAGGCCUUAACUGCUGCGUGUUUAAACUACUAUUGCGACGAUUAUCGCUACGGUACGGUGGCUUUAUUUGUAUCCACACACUGCUGCUGCUGCUGCAACUGCACACAGCCCGCUUUGCCAGUCCACUGCUGGAUGAACGGCUGCACCUAGGCCCCCCAAUCCCCCUACCAUCCGCCCCCCACCCCACCGGUUUGACCAUACUUCACCACGCUGGUCACAAGAAAUCAAAGACAAAGAUCCCCUAUAUGGCCUUAACAGACUGCAGGGGCAAGUGCUGUUAGCGAGUAGCAGCAGCUAUGAAGGCUGGUACUGUGACACACGAGGGGGUGGGUGGCCAGCACCACGCCCAGUUGCCUUUGUAUCCCCAGUGGCUUUGUUUACACACUGCACCAGGUACUUAUUUGAGGCUGAGUCGACCUAGGGGAGGCCCAGGACCGGUUCAGAUAAUUGUCACCGGUGUUGGCCGUGAGCGGGAACCGAACUCGGGUCGCCGGGUUCGUAGCGCAGCGUAGCGCUAACCACUACACUGCCGUUCCCUACACACACAGACACACACAGACACACACAGACACACACAGACACACACAGACACAGACAGACACAAACACACAAACACACACAGACACACGCAGACACACGCAAACACACGCAGACACACGCAGACACACGUAGACACACGCAGACACGCGCAGACACACGCAGACACGCAGACACACACAGACACACACAGACACCUGCUGGGUCUGCCCCGUGACCUCCCGCCAGCGGGCGUUCGACAUUUCACGUGGCCUUAUAGUGCACCUAGCAUGGCACAGGCGCCGCGAUGACGUCACCACUACUUAUGGCGGUGUGCUAACCGCUGUGUGUGAUUCUGUGUGUGUCGGUGUGUGUCUGUGUGUGUGUCUGUCUAUGUGUGUGUCUGUGUGUGUGUCUGUGUGUGUGUGUGUGUCUGUGUGUGUGUCUGUGUGUGUGUCUGUGUGUAUGUGUGUGUCUGUGUGUAUGUGUGUGUCUGUGUGUGUCUGUGUGUGUGUCUGUUUGUGUGUGUGUCUGUGUGUGAUUCUGUGUGUGUGGUGGUGCAACAGUGUGCUAACCGCUGUGUGUGUGUCUGUGUGUGUCUGUGUGUGUGUCUGUGUGUGUGUGUGUCUGUGUGUGUCAGUGUGUGUGUCUGCGUGUGUGUGUGUCUGUGUGUGUCGGUGUGUGUGUCUGUGAGUAGACAUCUCCCGGUUGAUGUCUUUCCCCCGUGCCUUUCUUUCCCACGAAUGUUAAGAUUUUUUGUGUCCCCCUCUCGACGGAGCGGAAUCUCCGAAAGCUGCUCGGAUCUCGUUGGCCCACAAGCGGCCGGGUGGGAAAUUUAAUUUUCAUUUUCGUUUCGCCAUCGCCGAGAUUGACGGCGUGCGCACGCUCGCACCGAACCCACGAAUCGAGGGGUUCGUGUCGGGCGCCGAUCGCGUGAAGUGUGACACGGCCCAGUCGGUU